AGGUUAUUAAUAAGUAUUGAGUCGGAGAAAUUGUGAAAGCAGACAGUGCAAAAUAAAUAGCAGUCGUUCACCUAAAACCCUAAACCCUCUCCUAAAUCGCGAGUGCAGCAGAAAUGGGGAAGAAGAAGAAGAGAGCCGAACGAGAAGCUGAAUCGGAACCUCUAAAUACAGAAAACAUCAAAGAGCAAAAUGAUGCCCAGCUCGCGAAUGGGGGUUCGCUGGAGGAGCAGAGGAAGAAAAAGAAGAAGAAAUCGAAAGAAAGCGUGUUUAAGAAAGAAAUAACCACAGUUUCCAUAGCAUUACCUGGCUCUAUCAUUGACAACACUCAAUCACUCGAACUCGCCACACGGUUGGCCGGCCAGAUUGCUCGUGCUUCCACCAUUUUUCGGAUAGAUGAGGUUGUUGUAUUUGACAACAAAGGCAGUUCUGUGGACGGUUCAGAUCCAACUAUGGAGGACGAGUCACAUGAUGAUGAAAGUGGUGCUGCAUUUCUUCUAAGGAUUUUGAAGUAUAUGGAGACACCUCAAUAUCUUCGGAAGAGUCUUUUCCCUAUGCAUAACAAUCUAAGAUUUGUGGGUUCAUUGCCGCCACUUGAUGCCCCACACCAUUUGCGGAAGCAUGAAUGGGCUCCCUAUCGAGAAGGUGUCACAUUGAAGGAUCGAAAUUUAAAAUCUGGAAGCACACUUGUUGACAUCGGGCUUAGCAAGCCUGUCGCAAUUGAUCAAGUCAUUGACCCAGGAAAAAGGGUGACAGUGUCCAUGGGAACAGAGAGAAACUUGAAUGCAGACAUACCGCAUCAGGUCGUCUCUUCUUCAACACCUAGGGAAGAUGCAGGGAUGUAUUGGGGAUAUAAAGUACGAUAUGCUCCAAACAUCAGUUCGGUAUUUAAGAAUUGCCCAUACGAGGGAGGGUAUGAUCACUUGAUUGGUACCUCAGAGCAUGGUCUUGUUAUGAAGUCCUCGGAUCUUAUUCUCCCAUCAUUCAGGCACCUCCUAAUUGCUUUUGGUGGACUUGCGGGGUUGGAAGAGUGUAUAGAAGAAGACAAGAGCCUAAAGGGGAAAAGUGCAAAGGAGGUAUUUGAUUUAUAUUUGAAUACAUGUCCACAUCAAGGAAGCAGGACAAUUCGGACAGAGGAAGCCAUCUUCAUUUCUCUCCAGUACUUACAAGAGCCAGUCGACCGUGUUUUGCAGAAGAUUUAGUACCUUGGAAAUUACCGACCACCUCAAGAACCUAGAAUAAUAUGUCAGAAGCUUCUGUAUGAGACCUCUUCUAAGCUCAGAUAUUGAAAAAUCUGUCAAGAGGAGGAAAUCACGAGUUUAUGGCAGUUGGUGGAGGUUCCUCCUGAUUUGGGGAUUCGAGAUGGUUGGAUUAUGAGUGGGUUUUGAUUGCUCAGAGAAUUCACUUGGCUGUACUCUUCCGCUACUCUGCCGCUAUAAGUUUUCUACCAAUGGCAGCUGAAUCAAAAAUAUAUUCCUGCUCAAACUUCCAACUUCAAACCCCUGUUUGCGUACAUCAAGUUGGGGAGCCCUCAAAUUUUGUGACCAUUGUUCGUAUUCAUUUGAUAGUCUUCUUCUACUCUCUCUUUUUGUACUCUCUUUUUAACAUAAAACUAACUAGGUGAAAGUGAGUUUAAAAGUUGACUUUAGAGUUUGGUAGACUGGGUGUCAAUUGAUCUUCAGGUUAAGUUGAGCUGAUUGGUCAACUAUUUUUAUUGUGUACCUCUAGUUCUAUAAACUUCAUGGGAGCUUCCAUUCUAUAAUUCUUGUAAUUUAUAAAAUGAUGGAGGCUUGAUUCAACGCAAAUUUUCAAGUGUCA